AUGGUUGCCGGAGCAUACUACAUACCAAAGAAAAAACCAGGCUCUACAACUGAUCAAGGCGAGGACGCCUACUUCCUCUCUGAAGAAAAAGGAGCCAUUGGUGUGGCCGAUGGGGUGGGUAGCUGGAUCCUCCAGGGCGUGGACUCCGGAGUAUAUGCCCGGCAGCUCAUGAAUAACGCUUUCGAGGCUAUCGUAUCAAUGGAGCCAGACGACGGAAACGUAGAUGAUCGGAUCAUGAAAAGAGUUUUGGAUCAAGCUUUCUCAAACACCAACGCCAGAGGGUCGUCAACGGCUUGCAUAAUCAAACUCAUAGACAAUUGCUUGCAUGUAGCGAACGUGGGAGAUAGUGGGUUUUUGUUGAUUAAAAAGGCAGGAGAUAUGCAGAAAUCGGAGAUUCAACAACAUUAUCCCAACUGUCCAUUUCAGCUGGGACUAACAAAUGAUACCCCCGAUUCAGCACUGAUAUUUACGAUCGAGGUAGAAUCAGGAGACAUCCUAGUAGUCGGCACGGACGGGCUGUUUGAUAACAUGUUUGACGAGGAAAUUAGGGAUGUUGUAAAAAUGGCGGCUGAGGUGGGAUGCACUCCACAGCAGGUGGCUUGGGCGGUAGCCGAGCAUGCUUAUGACAAAUCUACGAAUAAAACAGCCUAUACACCAUUUAUGCAAGAUUCUUUAGCCUCUGGAAGAAGAUUUUUUGGUGGCAAAGUCGAUGAUAUAACUGUUAUUGUUGCUAAUUUUGUUGAUGCUUAG